AAUGAUCUGCUGAACUCAAUUCUCACCCUGCACACGAGCGUCAAGGUUAAUCGCGUGUCAACAUGGCUGCGUGCAGGAUCUUUAGCACGGGCAUGGGAUUCUUGCAGUCAUCAUUGCCGUUUUGUAGACAGGCCUACAGAAGUUCGUUGGGAAUAGUGGAGCAGUUCAGAGGUUAUUAUGUUGACUGGAGGAUGUUACGGGAUGUGAAAAGGAGACAAAUGGCAUUCGAGUAUGCAGAUACAAGACUGCGUAUUAAUGCCAUUAGAAAAAAUACUAUUUUGCCAAAGGAGUUGCAGGAGAUCGCUGAUAAAGAAAUAGCUGCACUGCCCCGAGACAGUUGUCCUGUGCGCAUUCGCAACCGGUGUGUGAUGACAUCACGUCCACGUGGAGUUAAACGCAGGUGGCGUCUUAGCCGAAUUGUUUUUCGGCAUUUAGCAGACCACAACCAGAUGUCUGGGAUACAGCGAUCAAUGUGGUAAUCACCAUAAUGACCCACUGGUUGUAUAAUGGACUUUACACCCUCAGAAUAAACUGGACCUAGUUAUACCUUUUAAAAACAAUACAUUGUAAUGCAGAGUAUUGAAUUUAACAUCAAAACCAACAAACACCUUGUCACUUUUUAUUAACUAGAUAAAUUCUGCUUUUUGUAUUCAUAUGGUUUGUUUAAUGUGUUAUAACAUGGAGCAUACAAUAAAUUAUUAUGUUGAUGCAA